AUGGCAUGUCACCGAAGGGGACUGGCUUUCUUUUUUACUUACCCCAUUUAUAUAUCUCCUUCUUUCUUGCUUCAUUUCUUUCUUUUCUUUUUUCUUCCUUUCUUUCUUGCUUUGUUUCUUCAUUCUUUUCAUUUUUACUUUCUUUCCUUCUUCUCGAUAUUUCUUCAUCUUGAUGUAAAUUCCAUUAUUUCACCAAUCAUUUAUCCUGUCUCAUUCUCCAAUCUCUUUUUUUUUCUUCCAACUUUUAUAUAUUUCUCUUUCUUUCUUUUUUUUCUUCCGUCCAUUUUAAUUUCCUCUUUCUUUUCAUACAUACUUUAUUUCAUUCUUUGUUUUUUAUUUCAUUCUUUCUUCUUUAUUUCUUUCUUUUCAGACUUACACGUGUUUUUUUUUUUCAGUUUUUCUAGUUUUAAAUUUCUCUUUCGUUUAUUCAUACUUCCCUUUCUCGUUUUCUUUCUGCUGUUUAAAAAUGUUUUCUUUCUUUUUUUCCUUUCUUUAUUUUUGUGCCGUUUUAAAUCUGCCUCCCAUCCAUUCUUUCUUUUCAUUUUUAUAACACUGGUUUUAAAUCUGUCUUCCAUUCAUUUUUCUUUGCAUUUUUUUACCAGCGGUUUUAAAUCUGCCUCCCAUCCAUUCUUUCUUUUCAUUUUUUACACUGCGGUUUUAAAUCUGCCUCCCAUCCAUCUAUUCUUUCAUUUUUUUAACACAGGUUUUAAAUGUCUUCCAUUCAUUCUUUCUUUUCAUUUUUUUUUUACCAGUGGUUUUAAAUCUCUCUCCCAUUCAUUUUUUCUUUGCAUUUUUUUUACCAGCAGUUUUAAAUCUGCCUCCCAUCCAUCUAUUCUUUCAUUUUUUAACACAGUUUUUUUACCAGAGGUUUUAAAUCUCUCUCCCAUUCAUUUUUCUUUUCAUUUUUUACCAGCGGUUUUAAAUCUGCCUCCCAUCCAUCUAUUCUUUCAUUUUUUAAACACAGGUUUUAAAUGUCUUCCAUUCAUUCUUUCUUUUCAGUUUUUUACCAGUGUUUUUUUACCAGUGGUUUUAAAUCUCUCUACCAUUCAUUUUUCUUUUCAUGUUUUUACGAGCCGUUUUAAAUCCGCCUCUCAUCCAUUCUUUCUUUUCAUUUUUAUAACACUGGUUUUAAAUCUGUCUUCCAUUCAUUUUUCUUUUCAUUUUUUUACCAGCGGUUUGAAAUCUGCCUCCCAUCCAUCUAUUCUUUCAUUUUUUAAACACAGCCGUUUUAAAUCCGCCUCUCAUCCAUUCUUUCUUUUCAUUUUUAUAACACUGGGUUUAAAUCUGUCUUCCAUUCAUUUUUGUUUUCAUUUUUUUACCAGCGGUUUUAAAUCUGCCUCCCAUCCAUCUAUUCUUUCAUUUUUUAACACAGGUUUAAAAUGUCUUCGAUUCAUUCUUUCUUUUCAGUUUUUUUUACCAGUGGUUUUAAAUCUCUCUCCCAUUCAUUUUUCUUUGCAUUUUUUUACCAGCAGUUUUAAAUCUGCCUCCCAUCCGUCUAUUCUUUCAUUUUUUAACACAGUUUUUUUACCAGUGGUUUUAAAUCUCUCUCCCAUUCAUUUUUCUUUUCAUUUUUUUACGAGCCGUUUUAAAUCCGCCUCUCAUCAAUUCUUUCUUUUCAUUUUUAUAACACUGGUUUUAAAUCUCGGUUUUAAAUCUCUCUACCAUCAAUUUUUUUUUCAUGUUUUUACGAGCCGUUUUAAAUCCGCCUCUCAUCCAUUCUUUCUUUUCAUUUUUAUAACACUGGUUUUAAAUCUGUCUUCCAUUCAUUUUUCUUUUCAUUUUUUUACCAGCGGUUUUAAAUCUGCCUCCCAUCCAUCUAUUCUUUCAUUUUUUUUACACAGCGGUUUUAAAUCUCUACCAUUCAUUUUUUUUUUUCAUGUUUUUACGAGCCGUUUUAAAUCCGCCUCUCAUCCAUUCUUUCUUUUCAUUUUUAUAACACUGGUUUUAAAUGUCUUCCAUUCAUUCUUUCUUUUCAGUUUUUUUACCAGUGGUUUUAAAUCUCUCUCCCAUUCAUUUUUCUUUUCAUUUUUUUACCAGCGACCUGUCUUCCAUUCAGACAUUCUUUUCAGUUUUUUACCACUGAUUACAAAUCUGUCUUGCAUUUUUCUUUUCAGUUUUUCUUCUUUUUUUUACCAGAGGAGUGUUUCUCAUCGCCUUUCUUUCAUUCAUUCUUUCAUUUAUUCAUUAAUUCUUUCUUUCUUUCUGUCUUUCAUUCUUUCUUUCAGUUUUUCUUUCUUUCCGUCUUUUAUUCUUUCUUUCUUUCAUUCACUAGCUAGCUAUGUAUCCAUCUCUGUUCACUAUCUAUCUAUCUAUCUAUCUAUGUCUGUUCACUAUUUAUCAAUCUAUGUCUAUUCACCAUCUAUCUUUCUUUCUAUCUAUAUUUGUCCACUAUCUAUGUCUGUUCACUACCUAAAUUUAUUUGCUAUCUAUCUAUCUAUCUAUCUAUCUAUGUCUGUUCACUACCUAAAUUUAUUUGCUAUCUAUCUAUCUAUCUAUCUAUCUAUCUAUCUAUCUAUCUAUCUAUCUAUCUAUGUCUGUUCACUACCUAAAUUUAUUUGCUAUCUAUCUAUCUAUCUAUGUCUGUUCACUACCUAA